UAUGCCCAGGCAGGCGUGAUCAAAUGCGCAUCCAAUAGUAACGGCACGGUUGGAGUAGUUGGAGUAACCUUCUCGGAUCGGAGGUCACACUCUCAAGCUACUCGGCGAAUUUACACAGCCAUUCGACCUGUCUAUCAACUCCCCACUCCCCCAAUAGUUAUUAAACGCACUUCACGCGCGGCGUCAUGCCCUAAUGCUUGUUAUCGAAGUCGACCCCGCCUCUCGAAGCUCCGCGGUGACGUCUUCAGACUCGGGGACACUUCGGCAGGAGUGGUGUAUGCCGAAUCACCAAUUACAACGCCUUCGCUCCAACGGGUGGAGGUAGGAUAUCGGCGCGAAAGGGGAAUGGCGGAAAGUACAGAAAGUGUGGGGUCAUGAUACGCUACUGCAUUGCCUCCAACGACGAGCUUCAUAGAGGUCGCAUGCUCGUGAGAGUGUUGGAUGAGAUAGUUGCGUUGAAAAUACUUCGAUCCAAUGUCUAAUAUUGAGAAACUACGAGUGCUAUUGAUUGCGAAUCGUGGGGAGAUUGCGGUGCGCAUAAUCAGGACUGCAAGGAAACUCGGUAUCAAGAGCAUCGCCAUCUAUUCAGAAGCUGAUGCUGCAUCGCAACACGUGCGUGAUGCCGAUGAAGCCAUCCUCUUGCCUGGUAGCAAUGCGACUGCGUAUACGGACGAAGAAGCUGUUCUGCGGAUAGCUAAGGAAAAGGGGGUAGAUGCUAUCAUUCCAGGUUACGGGUUCCUUUCGGAGAAUGCGCCCUUUGCGAGACGAGUGGGUGAUGCAGGUAUCGUAUUCGCAGGGCCGUCUCCAGAGGCUAUCGAGGCUUUUGGCGUCAAGCACACCGCCCGAGACCUUGCGGAAAAGGCCAAUGUUCCCAUCGUACCUGGAACUAAAGGCCUGGUAGAGAACGAGGAAGCCGCCGUAAAGGAAAGCGAGCGCAUCGGUUUUCCCGUCAUGUUGAAGGCGACUGGUGGUGGUGGCGGUAUGGGACUCAUCACCUGUAACAAGGUUGAAGAGGUGCGCGAGGGGUUUCGGAUGGUGCAAUCAAGAGGAAAGACCCUUUUCAAAAAUCCCGGAGUGUUCAUCGAAGCCUUCUACCCUGCUAGCCAUCAUAUUGAGGUCCAAGUAUUCGGCAAUGGCCAAGGUAAAGCAAUUCACUUUGGCGAACGCGAAUGCUCCAUUCAAAGACGACAUCAGAAAGUCAUCGAAGAGUGUCCAAGUCCGUUUGUGGAACGGCAGCCAGAGCUGCGAAAGAAGUUGGGGGACGCCGCAGUACGCCUAGCUGAAUCGAUCAAAUAUGGUUCUGCAGGCACCAUCGAAUAUCUCGUAGACGAUAAAUCCGGCGAUUUCUUCUUUCUAGAGAUGAACACGCGACUCCAAGUCGAGCACGGCAUUACAGAACUCUGCUACAAUGUGGAUCUGGUAGAGCUUAUGCUAAAGCAAGCAGAUGCACAGUUGGCGGGCAAGCAUGGGCUCGAUGACGAGACCUUGAAGCAUAUGCAGCCAUCAGGUCCAACAGGUUCGGCUAUCGAAGCUCGAGUCUACGCUGAGAACCCGCUAAGGGACUACGCACCAUCUCCCGGACUGCUGCAGAAAGUGGCAUGGAAGGAUGUUCCUGGAACUCGCAUUGAUACCUGGGUUUUCACAGGAGUUCGUAUCACUCCCAAUUACGAUCCUUUGAUAGCGAAAGCAAUGGUUCACUCCCAAUCCAGAGACGGGGCUAUCGCGUCGAUGAGGGAGCUUCUUACACAAUCUACUAUAAGCGGUCCACCUACAAACCUCGAAUUUCUCGCCAGCAUACUGGACGAUUCGCAUUUCAAAGAGGGCAACACUAUGACCAGCUUUCUGGAAAGCUUCAACUAUACGCCUCAUGCUAUCGAUGUCAUCUCAGCUGGCGCAUAUACCUUGAUCCAGGAUCUUCCUGGGAGGCCGACAGUCGGUAAAGGUGUGCCUCACUCUGGGCCAAUGGACCCAAUAUCGUUUCAGAUUGCGAACAUGCUUGUUGGGAAUCCACGAUCGAAGGAAUCUCUAGAAAUCACGUUAAGUGGACCAGAACUGAAGUUUGUUGGUCCUGCUAUCGUAGCUUUGUGCGGCGCUCCCAUAGAGGCAACACUUGACGACAAGGAGUUUCCCUUGUGGGAGAGCGUGAAAAUUGAGGCUGGUCAAAAGCUCAAAAUCGGAAAAACAACAGGUGGAGGUUGCCGCUCCUACCUAGCCAUCUACGGAGGCUUUCCGUCAGUUGCAGAGUACUUUGGCUCAAAGUCAACGUCGCCGCUUGUGGCGAUUGGAGGCUACCAAGGCCGUGCACUUGCCCCCGGUGAUUUACUACAGAUAAUGAACAAGCUUCCAGAAGACUUCACAAGUACUUCGCUUCCGGAAGAGCUGCGACCGGUCUAUAAGACAAACUGGGAGAUUACGGCUAUGGUCGGACCCCAUGACGAAGGCUACUUCGACCCGAAGUUUAUCGAGGAGAUAUACAACACUGAGUGGAAGGUAUCUCACAAUGCAUCGCGGAGUGGAAUUAGACUGGUCGGGCCGGUACCGAAGUGGGCCCGUAAGGAUGGCGGCGAAGGUGGCGCACACCCCAGCAAUCUAGUAGAAUACGGAUAUCCAUUGGGUACCUUGAACUGGACAGGGGAUGACCCAUGUAUCUUUCCAGUAGACUGCCCAAACUUUGGCGGUUUUACCAGCAGCACGACGGUCGUCAAGGCAGACUGGUGGAAAUUAGGACAGCUCAAAGCAGGCAACACCGUGAAAUAUAUCCGAGUCGGACUGGAGGAUGCACUGAAGAAGAGAAAGAGAAACGAUAAUUUCCUCGACUCGAUUGAGCAAGCCAUCAAGAGCGAAGACGGAUUCGACAGCAUCGAGAAAUUACAAGGCGCACAUUGCAAUUUUCACGAGGGCGAUAUGGGAAAGGCAGUUGUGUGGGAGAGGGAGGGUAACGCGAGUACUCCACAGGUUCGGUAUCGUCAGGGAGGUGAUGACCAUAUUCUGGUCGAAUAUGGUAAUGAGGAGUUCAAUCUCAAUCACCGCUGCCGUGUCACUGCCUUGGAGAACGCAUUGCAUUCAGAAUCAACUCCAGACAUCAUCAAAGUCAACCUUUACAACACCGUUGGAUGCUGUACCACGCUGCUCCUUCACUACAACGGCUCUAAACUCCCUCGUUCGGUCCUCGUCGCACAUCUCCAGUCUAUCGAGUCAAAUCUCGGUGAUUUGAGGAACACAAAAGUCCCUACGCGCGUAUUCAAGCUACCCCUCUCAUUCGAAUCGAAACUCCAAGACGAAGCAACUCAACGCUACAUGACGAACCAGCGACCACAUGCCCCCUACCUGCCCGACAACCUGAGUUUUGUAGCAAAGAAUAACGCAUUUACACCACAACAACUCAAAGAAAUAUAUCUUACUGGCCAGUUCAUGGCAGUUGUUGUGGGCUUCUUCUGUGGCAACACCGUCUCACUUCCUGUAGACCCACGUCAGCGCAUUUCGGCCCCUAAGAUGAAUCCGAGUCGCGUUUUCACACCAGAGGGUACUCUAGGUUGGGCAGGUAGUUGCAUGUCCAUUUACCCUGUUGAUUCUCCAGGCGGAUAUCAAAUGAUCGGUCGAACAGUCCCCUGUUGGGAUUAUUACUCCUACAAACCUGGUUUCGGUAAUAAGCCAUGGAUUUUCCGUGACUUCGACAUCCUUACUUUUUACCAGGUCAGCGAACAGGAACUCGAUGAUAUUUUUGCCAAAUUCCGUGCGGGUAAAUAUGAAUGGGAGUUUGAUGAGAUGGAGUUUGACAUGGCACAGCACAAUCAGCUUCUAGAGACGACGAACGACGAAGUGGGGGAGAUCAGAAAGAAGCAAGCUGUUGCGCAAGACGAAAUGACGAAAGCCGAGAACGAGAGCUUGGAACGUUGGAGGAAAGAGAAAGCUGAGAGUCAAGUUGAUGAAGGAACAGUGGAAAAGCUGCUGGACGAUCCUGCGAUUGUGGGGGUCGAAGCGCCAGUCGAUGCGAAUGUAUGGAAGGUAGAGGUCAGUGAGGGGGACGAGGUUGGUGACGAGAAUGUGAUCGUUAUCCUUGAGGCGAUGAAGCUAGAGAUUGCGGUCAAGACGCCAGAUUCGGUGACGAAGGCUGGAAAACUAAAGGUCGAGAAGAUUUUGGUGAAGCCGGGUGAUACCGUGACAGCCGGAGGCCACCUGGCAUUGCUGCGCAAGAGCUAGCUGGGGAACAGGUCUUAAUCAAUCACCAUCUGCACAUGUCUGAUUUACUGUGUGAUGAUGUUGCGUACACUAUGUUCAUGUGUAUACAAGCUGAGGUAUAGCCAAU